UCUUCGAAAACUCUCGACAUAUUCAAGAAUACUACAAUGACCUUCGAGAACCAUAACUCUAAAGUGACUUAUUCCGAAGGAAAAUGAAAGCGCUAUUAAUUUUAGAUUUUAUUUUGGUUUUAUCUGCCCAUGAGCCUGAACACCCCCCCGGUCAUCUGAAACCUUUAGGUUCUCAUCAGCCUCCUGUAGGCGUAUUGGAUAGUACUGACUUUGUUCCAUCGUCUCGGGAAUUCUUUGAUCAAAAUGUUCUUCCGGGAAAACCUGUGCUCUUUAAGGGAGCAGCGAAGAAAAUGCCUGCUUUUUCAAAGUGGACGGAUGAAUAUUUAAGGUAAGGUCAACAUAUGUGGUGGAUAAUAAAUCUCAUGGUCAGCAUAAUUGAUGAAAAUUCAUUCAAUCCACAUCAAGGGAAAUAUUAUUUUCUGAAAUCAAGGAGUCAAGGAAACUUCUGCUAGUUUACGGGCGACCAGUUUCGAAUUGUUUUUUUUAAUAAUUUAACUUCGGAAAAUUAACAGAGAGCAGAACUGCAUAUUUCGGGCUACCUGUUUUCAACAUUUCUAGCAGGGCUGUCUAUUUCCCUUCGACAAGUUUUAGCUUGUUUUCAAUUAAAGUUGAAACACCUGUAUCAGGUCAGACUCUGAAUAAGAAUUGAGGCAAGCCUUUUACGCUUAAGGAUUUAUCCAUUAUAUUUUAAAACCAUGAAUUUUUAAAUAUCCUCCAGCAUUUUUAGGCCAAGAUAAGUUUACUUUUUCCUUUAAAACUUGAUAAAAAACACGAUAAGGGAGAUUAGUGUAUCACAAAAAGCAAAAGAUAUACAAACUAACUCGUGAUACAAACUAACUCGGCACGAACAAUUAACUAUUAAUGAUUCGCCUGUUCACGCAAUUUUGUGAACAAUUGAAAGUCUUUCAAGCAAUCAAUACAUUAUUUUGACCCUCUGACUUCUUGAUGUCAUUUUGUAGCUCCUAGGUAACAAAUUGACUGUGUCUUGUUAUUACCACUUAUUUUGUUUUCCCGAAUGACUUGAAAAUUAUGAAAUAUUUGAAACUUGGAGACAUUGAAGAGCAAAGCAAAGUAAAGUUAUUUUGGUGAAGCUAAUCAUGGAAUUAAAAAAAAUUCCCCUUCAAUGAUAUGUGAAAUGGAGGGAGACAUCCUCUCUCUCAAAAUCCCAAUUUUGUUAGUUAUCUAAGUGUCAGUUCAUUAAAAAUAUCAUCUUCUUGGUAGUAACAUGUCUCAAUUUUUAAAGCCAAGCAAAAUUUUGCUUUAGGAACUAGUUUCCCAUCUCCAAAAUUCUUUUAAAAUUUCUGGAAUUCCCUUUUUUUUAAGGACAACAACUUCAUUCUUUUGAAUGAAAUUCUUAUUUUAUAUCACCUUCAACAUAGUGAAAAAUUUGGACAAGAGGGCAUUGAUGUUGAAGAAGGUAAAAAAGAAAACAGAUCACUGGCAACAUUUCAUUUCAAGUUGCAAGACUUUAUCAGUCGUUACAAGGAUGAAGAUAUUUACUUGGUGGAAACUCUUCCAGCUAAGAUGAGAGGUACAGUUUUAACCAUUUUGAAAGUUUGACAGGCAGACGAUAGUCUUACUGUUAGGCCUUAAUAGUUUCAUAUGUUCAUACAAGUCCCUUGCAUGACAACCUCUCCCUGUGUAAAUACUGAAGUCCCAAUUAUAUGGUCUCAGUUACCCAACACAACCUUCUCUUCCCCCCCUCCCAAGUUACCCUGUCCAAGCUACCUUUUCAUUUAUUUCUUUGAAAAAAUCAACCAACAAUUCAUAUGAAAAUGACAAAAUAGUAUUCCAUACAAUGCAGCAAAGUGAAAUAGUCAGAACAGAAAUAUUUAGUUUGCCAUCACAGACAAGAGGAUUGGUGCUGGGUGAGAGGAACUGUGGGUAUAGUUUUGAGAUAUGUAUAGUAGGUCGUUGAAAUUACAAAAUUAUUCUUGGUCAGCAACCAUUUAGUAACUAGGUUUAGUUUAAAAUAAGAAAAACAUUUCAACUUUGUAUGACCUAUUGUUGUAAAUCAGCCCAUAGAGUUAGCAGCAUUGUAAUUAGUGGGGUAUACAUUCCCUUUGUUUCCACAAAGUGGUUUUGGAUAUUUUGUAUCCAGCAAUGUUGCAUUUAUUUGGAAAUGGGUAUAUUUGUAUGAUGUAUCAUGAUAUCAGUGAGCAUAAUUGCUGCAGUAAACUGUUGUGUGAGACUUGCUGACCUACAGACCCCUGUAUUUACACUAUAUGUUGUACGUGUUUCAUCAAUUAUUGCAGUUAAAAUUUCAUAUUAGGAGGCAAGACAACACGGGUGGGUGCCUCAAAAAGUAUGGUGACCCUAUUGAGCAGAAAACUUUUUCUCAUAUGAUUGUACAAUUUGUGUUCCUGUCAAUGGGACAAGAUGGCUCAUAUUUAUCCAAUACAUAAGCAGUCCAUCUGUGGCAAAGUAGACUGGUGAGAGGACAACUGUCACAACUCACAUCGCACUCUAUAUAAAUUUCCUGUAAAGCUUCCUCAAAGGGAAAGGUUGUCUUGUGUCUUAACCUUUUAACUCCUAGAUCAAAUUUGUCAUUCUCUUUACUGUCAACCAUACAAUUCUUAUAAUGUAAGUUCAGAUAAUUUUGUAUUGGAUCAACUAAUUAUCCCCAAUUUGAUAUUUUUCUUUAUUCUCUUCACUAAUCUAGUUGAUAUUGUAUUAAUAUUGUAAGGAGAAAUUCUGUCUUGGUCACUCAUGGAAGUUAAAGGGUUGAUGCAGUUGACCACAAUUCCAAAGUGUUAUAAAUUGUUCUUUGUUUGAAAGUAUGUUUUGCUUAUUUCUAAACUAUUUGACCUCAUUUUAAGUGACUGGGCUAAUGUUGGAGGAAAUCUUUUUGAACUAGUUUCUAUUGUUGUCAGUGAUGAUAAUCUCCUAUUUUAUUUUUAAUAAUAGUUUAAUAAAUACUUGGCAGCAUAUGCUCACAGACUCACUUACUUUUUCAGAGGAAUAUGCACUUUUGAAGAGUUUAAGUUGUGGAGGCUACACAAAUGUGCUUCAGGAUGCUGUUGUCUGGUUCAGCAGUGGUGGUACUAAAUCAGUUCUCCAUUAUGAUUCUGUGGAUAACAUCAACUGCCUAUUUGAUGGAACAAAAGAACUGGUCAUGAUUAACAAGGUAGGCUUUGUGUAAGGGACUUAUAGCCAGACAACCAGCCUCUAAUUGGUGCCGUGGCAUAAAGGGUUGGGCUUAUUGUGUGCAAAGUAAGCCUACUGUUUUUGAGUUGCAGUGUCUCCUUGUAGACUUAAUGCUUUAAUUCCCAGAAUUGUUUAAAAUUUAACUUCUCCCUAUGUUUCAACACAAUAUCCAGCAAUAAGUACUGAGAAUACUCAAAUUUAUCAGGUAGAAGUUCUUAUCUUGAUCUGGUACCAACUUCCCUUAAACCAAUAUACAAGAAAAUGUGAAGCAACAAGAGGGGACUGAAUAAACAAUCAGAUCUUGUGAUUGAAAGGGUUAAAAGUAUUCGUCCAUUUCUCAAAUGCCUGAGAGUUGGUACCCAUUGACUGUUGAAAUGGUGGAAAUUAUGUUUGUGUUUUUUUUAUGGACUGUGUUUUGUUUUUUCAAUGGGUGCUUUUUCUUCUGUUGUAGUCUCAUCUUGAGCAAGCACAUAUUGACAAGGUCCAUGGGGCAUUUUCCACUGUUGAUGUAGAUCAAGUUGACAUGUACAAAUUCCCAGGAUUACAGACAAUCCCUUAUUUUAAGGCUGUCAUGGAACCAGGAGAUUGUUUUUUUAUCCCUGCAAGGUAAUCUUACCCUCCUUAUAAGUGGGCUGUCAGCAAAUUUAUCUUUGUUCAUUUGCAAGAUCAGCCAGUUAGAUGCUGCUAGACUAGGAUUUGGUCAAAAUAUGAUAACCACAAUUUAAAGCACUUCAGUUUGUUCAUCAUGCAAUGGAAAUAUGAUGAUUCUUUAGCCACAAUUCCUGAUUCAUCCCCUAUUUCAAUGCCCUGAGAGAUUUUUUUAUCUGAAAGGGAGAACACACUCAUUAGUUUGCUCUAUCUCCUGUUACAGCAUUUCUCAAGGAAAACCCUUGAGGUUUUUUUUUUGUUUCUGGCUAGAACUCUAGUUAAAGUGUUGAACUGCUUCAAAGUUGAUUUAAUUUGUUAUCCAAAUGACAAAUCUUAGAUGGGUUCAUCAAGUGCGCUCCUAUGGAAAGCGAAACCUUGCUGUGAAUAUUUGGUGGGCCCAUUUUGAAAAGUUUAACCAGUCAGAUUGUGAUGACAGUCCGUACAAAGACAAAGAGCUGAUUCCUCUUCAUCACUUUGAGUUCCAUCCACAAGAAGCCUUCAGGUAGAUGUAAUUCUGAAAGUCGCAUUCAGUAAAAAAUCUUUUUAAGUCCAGCCUCACCAUCUUCCUGCUUUGGACAAAAUUGGCACUGAAGAGAGGUGCUUUUUUAAGGGUGGGUUAGGGUGUGGGUCUUGUCAGAUGAAAUAUAUAGUGUCUUGCUAGCAUGAAUGGAAAGCAAAUUAAAGUCUAUUUUGCUGAGGUACCAGUAUAUGCAUGCAAGUUCUACAAUUUUGUAUGUUUUCAAUGCCAAAAGGAUUGGAAAAGUGUGGCAGUCAUAGCUGAUUGUAACCUGCUGAGAAUUUUCUCCCUCUCUGAGGUAAAGUCAGUUGUGGGUCACUUUAAAUUAGAAUUAUAACCCAAGUGAAUCCUGAAAACCCUCUCCUUCCAAAACCAGACCAAAUGCAAAACCUUUGUGGUGAAAUGUCUUUACACUUACCCUAAUUUUAACCCUUUAACCUGUAAGAGUAAUUAGCAUCUAGCGUCUCCUUACAAUAUCACUCCUGAAUCACAGGUCACAAGAAUAAAUGAAAUGAUCACCAACAAAAUUACAGUAGCUUUUAAUUGUUAGACAAAUUCUCCUUGCCAACACCUUAGGAAAUGUAUAAUCAGAGAACAGUGUGGAGAAUGUACAUAAUGAUGUUAGGGUGUAAAGGAUCAAGGCAGAGGCAUGGGCCGGGCUUAUUAAAUUGGCUGGAGGCAUGGGGCUUAUUAAAUUGGCUGGAGGCAUGGGGCUUAUUAAAUUGCCUGGAGGCAUGGGGCUUAUUAAAUUGGCUGGAAACAUGAUCUAUCAUCAGUAGGGGGAACAUCAGGUUGGAGUAGUUGUCUAAUAGGUAUUAAGUAGUCCAGCUAUCUUUCAAACAUCCACCAAAAGUAUAUGACUUACAGUUUCAUGUAAUGGUUCAGUUUUUCACUUAUUCUUUUAGUAAUUAUGCACUUUGCUUCAUCACAGGCAAGCAACUUUGCAAAACAUUGGAGAAACACCAGUAACCUUGGAGCGUUAUUUAGAACUAAUUCAGGUACUGAAAGGAAAAAUCUCUUAAAAUUAAAAACGUGCAGUGGAAUGUGCUUGUGAAAUCCAAGAUGCCCAGCAUAUGCUUUUUAUGCUAAAAGUAAGAUUCCCUUGUCACCCAAGAGUUAAAGUAAGACAUCAGGUGCCACUGUGUGUUGCUGGAGCACAGCCAUGCUGUCAUGUUCUGUUUCAUACAUUUCACUAUUUAUGGAGUGUGCCUUUAGCUAGAGGGUGUCUAUCAAGUACGUUAUUUUUUUUCUUUUAAUGUUCUUUUAAAUUUGGUUUAAAUCAAUUCAUAAUAUGCUGAUGGUCACUGAUGGGAAACUGGCAUUUUAUUUUUAGGAAGAUGCUAAAGAACUUGGGGAUGAAGUAUCAAUUCUACCAAGAGAGAAACUAGAGCAGGUAGUCAGAGGUCGCUUCUCCCUUCACUUAACCUAAAAUGCUCUGCAUCACUUAGAAGAAAAAGGGCUGCCUUGUAGAUUUUCAUGCCCUCAUUAUCAGUUCAUUAUCAAUAUCAUUAAUGUCAUUUUGUCAUUUUUGUAGAUGUUGUUUUGAAUUUGUAGAUGUUGUUUUUGUGUAUGUUGUUUUUGUUUUUGCACUGAUUUCACUAGAGGUGAGGAGAGGCAGCAGUAUUGAUCAACAUAAUUUAAAACCUUCAUUGUCAUCAUUCUUUUUAUCAAGAACAUUGUUUUUAUUCCUACCAUCAUAAUUUAUUUUGCCUCUAAGGAUUGAACCCUGUGAUUUAACAAUGAGGAAAUAUUGAGAAAGCACUGACAAAUCUUAUAACAAUAAGUUCUUGGACUUUCAUUAUCAUUAUUUUGAACAGAUGCGAAGAUAAACACGGGAGAAAAACUUCCUUGUUAUCUUUUUUCAUCCACUUCGUAAAAUUCUGACUUCUUACUUUUCUUUAGUUUUGUAUUUGUUAUUUUGAUUUUAUGACAGAAUUUUCACGAAAUGGACUCGAAUAAGGAUGGUAAAGUAUCCCCCGAGGAGAUUUAUGAUAUCAAAUAUGACGACAUUGGGCGGCUGUUGACAUACAUCGACGAUUACCAGGAGGAGGAUUCGGAAGAUGAUAGUGCUGAUGGAACAAAGGAACACGAAUCUCAGUCUGAGGAUAAUAACAAUCAGGAAAUGUCUGAUACUGAAAGUCAAAAGGAUCGCCAGCAUGCGGAACUCUAAGUCAUUGAAUUUAUUUAUUUUACCCAUCCUCUCCUCGUUUUUUUCAAGGAAUGUUCGCUACUCACCUAGUCGCCCUGGCAGCCAGGAGUGCUACGUGACAUCGACGAGAACAGCCAAUACUCGCCAGCUAAUUACUUCUUUUGAAAGGUAUCCUCUAAAUAAAAACAAUUUAUAAUUCAAGUCUGGCAAAUAAUUAAAUUAAAUUAUCAAAAAAGUAGACUAAAAUUUUUAAUUAGUUAGUGUUAUUUCAUUGAAAAAAUAUGCCUAUUUACUUUUCCAAUCAUAUAAAGUAAAAAUGGAUUUAAAUAUUUAAAGUUAGCAUAUACUUUUUUCUACCCAGAGGCCAACUUCUUGCGUGAAAGAGUUUGUUGUAAUUUAUUUGUUUUAGGGUGGGACAAAUUUUAAAACAGUUUUAAAACUCUGAGCUUUGUAAAAACGUUACAACAGUAACGUAAGAAUAAAAAAAACGUUUAAAGCUGUUCUGAUUUUUUUUAUCUCUUGUAGACUUCUCUUUUUGCUUAUUAUAUAAUAUACCAAAC